AUACUACGUACGUUAAUACGACAUUGAAACAGCGUUGAAAAUCAUCAUAUCGUUUGACGACAUUAGAAGACUGCAAUUAACUAAGAAUGGCUUCGCAGCAACAGAACAGAGCUGAGCUUGACAGGAAGGCCAGGGAAGGGCAGACCGUCGUCCCCGGUGGCACCGGCGGCAAGAGCCUUGAAGCGCAGGAGCACCUUGCUGAAGGAAGGCAGAAAGGAGGGCAGACACGGAAAGAGCAGCUGGGAACGGAAGGGUAUCAGCAGAUGGGACGUAAGGGCGGGCUGAGCACUGGAGACGAGUCCGGCGGGGAACGCGCAGAGCGUGAAGGCAUUGAGAUCGACGAGUCCAAGUUCCGAAACACCAGCUAGAUCAGAUCUAAAAUCAACAAACCAACCACGCAGAAUCAUAUCAUUACCUAGCUAGCUAGGAUAUGAUCGAUGAUGUUCUUUACUUUUGUUUCUGCUAAUGUAAUAAUGAUAGUAAUAAUCGUGGAUCAUGCACGGGAACCAUGUUGAGCGUGAUCGAUAAUGAUGUUGUAGUUCUUAGUUUAGUUAGGGUUUAGUGGUCAUAUAUAUAUGCGUGUUACCUUGUAACAUGCAUAUAUAAGUUGUUAGCUCAAUUUCUAGCCUAUACCUAUGUAGUGUCUAGGGGUUUAUAUGUGUAAUCCCUAUGUCUGGUCUUUUAUAUAUGUGAAAAUUUUAGGCUCUUCAUAUUCAAUGGGUC